GUUGGCCCGGUGGGGUUUGGAGGUAUUGCGGAUUGGUCCCGGACGGGAUCUCAGCUGUAUGCAGCGCGCCGGGUCCCGGAGCCGGCGGCCUGAGGGAUGGACGAGACGAGCCCACUAGUGUCCCCCGAGCGGGCCCAACCCCCGGACUACACCUUCCCGUCCGGCUCUGGAGCUCACUUUCCGCAGGUGCCGGGGGGCGCGGUCCGAGUGGCGGCGGCGGCCGGCCUGGUCCCGUCUCCGCCGGGCUCGCCAGGCCACGACCGGGAGCGGCAGCCACUGCUGGAUCGGGCCCGGGGCGCGGCGGCCCAGGGUCAGACCCAAAGUGUGGCGGCGCAGGCCCAAGCCCUGGCCGCUCAGGCCGCGGCGGCGGCGCAUGCCGCGCAGGCCCACAGCGAGCGGAACGAGUUUCCGGAGGACCCCGAGUUCGAGGCGGUGGUGCGGCAGGCAGAGCUGGCCAUCGAGCGCUGUAUCUUCCCGGAGCGCAUCUACCAGGGCUCCAGCGGAAGCUACUUCGUCAAGGACCCUCAGGGGAAGAUCACUGCUGUCUUCAAACCCAAGAAUGAGGAGCCAUAUGGGCAACUUAACCCAAAGUGGACCAAGUGGCUGCAGAAGCUGUGCUGUCCCUGCUGCUUUGGCCGUGACUGCCUUGUGCUCAACCAGGGCUAUCUCUCAGAGGCAGGAGCCAGCCUGGUGGACCAAAAACUGGAACUUAACAUUGUACCCCGUACAAAGGUAGUAUACCUGGCCAGUGAGACCUUCAACUAUAGUGCCAUUGACCGAGUGAAGUCCAGGGGCAAGCGGCUUGCACUAGAGAAAGUGCCAAAAGUUGGGCAGCGGUUUAACCGCAUUGGACUACCGCCAAAGGUUGGUUCAUUCCAGCUCUUUGUUGAAGGCUACAAAGAUGCAGACUACUGGCUACGGCGUUUUGAAGCAGAACCUCUCCCUGAGAACACUAACCGCCAACUACUGCUGCAGUUUGAGCGGUUGGUGGUGCUGGAUUACAUCAUCCGCAACACUGAUCGAGGCAACGACAACUGGCUGAUUAAAUAUGACUAUCCGAUGGAUAGUUCUAGCUCUCGGGACACAGACUGGGUAGUGGUGAAGGAGCCUAUUAUCAAGGUGGCUGCCAUAGACAAUGGGCUGGCUUUCCCCCUGAAGCACCCUGACUCCUGGAGGGCAUAUCCUUUUUAUUGGGCCUGGUUGCCCCAGGCAAAAGUCCCAUUCUCUCAGGAGAUCAAAGAUCUGAUUCUUCCAAAGAUAUCAGACCCGAACUUUGUCAAGGACCUGGAGGAGGACCUGUAUGAACUCUUCAAGAAAGAUCCUGGUUUCGACAGGGGUCAGUUUCAUAAGCAGAUUGCUGUCAUGCGGGGACAGAUCCUAAAUCUGACUCAGGCCUUGAAAGAUAACAAGAGUCCCCUGCACCUGGUCCAGAUGCCACCUGUGAUUGUCGAGACGGCCCGUUCCCACCAGCGGUCUGCUAACGAGUCCUACACACAGAGCUUUCAGAGUCGGAAGCCUUUCUUUUCCUGGUGGUAGCCUGAGACAAAGGCGCAUUGUCUGAGACUUGGGCUGGGAGGAAGCCUGGGGCAUGGGUUGUAGGAAAAGCCAGAGAAGCCAGAGGAAAGAGCAGUGCCCUUGAGAGCCCUCCCUCUCUGCUCGCCACCCCCUCAGGACUUUCCCAAGCACUGGGAGAAGCACAAUCAGAGGGACAGUAAGUGCUGGUGGGCCCUCCUAAGUGCUGCCAGGGCUGGAGCUCCAUGCAAGGAGUCCAGAUGCCAGGGAAGGAGCAUCUUCCUUCCAGCGUCUCCUGGGGGCAGGCUGGGAAAUUCCCUUUCCUCCCGAUACCCUGCUCUCUAGCAAUUCCUCAUUAUAUUCUGCAUCAGAAACAAACAAACAAAUAACAGAAACAAAUUGAAAUACUAUUAGCAAAACCCAGGCAGAAUCCUGGCUCCUCUCAUGUCAGAAACCUCGAAUCCAGACCUACAUUUGCAUGGACCCGGACUUUCAGGUGCCUCCCAGUUCCCUCACACCCAUGGACCAAGGCAGCUGGGUGACUGGCAGCUGGAACAGACAGAAGCCACACCCUUCCUUUGGGUUAUUGCCAAGUCGUCUUCCCCUUCUCCUAUCAGUGCAAUAGGCUGACUAAAAAGCCUCCAAAUGCAAUUUGCAUGGCGGGAGUACUUUUGCUUUAGACCUCCCAGCAGUUCUGUAUAUGACCCUAUAGAUCGGCUCUGCUCUCCGCCCUGCUAGGGACCCAAACUGUAGCGCAGGCCUGCGGCUAACCUACCACUCAGGCAAAGUCAAGAGGGAGGGUGUGGACUCCCCAGCACUACAAGCGAUCCGUGUGGCGUGAGUGUGUGCUGGGAGCUACGGUUGGUCUAUGGGCAAAGUUACCCCAGCCUUGCUUCCUGAGUCCUCUACCCUCGCCACAGGUGAUAAACUCUCUCAGUCCUCUAAUUUGUUCCUCUUAUUUUAGAUAGUUUUCCUCAACUCUUUUGACUUAGGGGUUCAGUCUGGGUUCUGGAAUGGUCUCAGCUCAUAAGAGAACAGGAUAUUAGGACCGUGGAGGUAACAGGACUUGUAUUCUGCCUAAUUGGUAGCUGCCCUUUGCUCCCUGACUUCUUGUUUCAGGCCAGUUUUUCCAUGGCUUCUUGAGAAAGGUGGGACCCAAAGGAGAGAGACCUUCAAACUGUUUCCCAGUGCCUGCCCAGCUCAGUGUGCAUCUUCCUGCUUCCAUGUCUCUCUUCCUUCAGCUGUCCCCCUUGCCGGGUGUCUGAGUCCUUUCUACACCAAAGCAAAGAACGGCCUCAGGACGUAGUUAAGAGGGUGCCUGCCAUCUGUGGCUACGGGUCAACCCUGUGCUACUGGACUCUUCAAGUUUCUGGCAUCUGGCGAUUGGUCAAUCAGCCUUGGAAAGAUUAUCAUGAAGGUUUGAAAAACAACCAAAGAAAGGGAGCGAGGACUAUGGCUAUGUGCCCUCUGCUUGCCCAGCUCCCGCCAUCCAGGAGGCAGAGCAGAGAUGUGCAGCCUUCUGAUCAGCUAUGCCAGGACCAGGCUGGGCCCCUUCCAUUCCAGCCCUCAGGAGCCAGCUUGUCCUGGGCUUCUGUCCAGCUGACAGGAAGAGUCUCUGGGAGCUGGAUGUGCAUGCCCUGUAGAUGACGGCACACUUCUCCAGCCGGCCCCAACCCUGACAAUCCUAGUCAGCUGACCUGGCACUAGCCUUGGGGACCAGGUUUGAGAGAAUGUUUGCCCUCAGACUGCAGGAGCAGCAGGGCUCCCAGAAGCCAGAAGGGACCCAGGUGUGUUUAGCUCUCCAUAGACAUCUUUUACACAAACGUGUGGUAAAGCUCCCUACCUGGGUGUCAAGAGAGCCUGAGGAGCCUGGUUGCUCCCUCAGCCAAACAGGUCUGUAUGUUCCCCUCAUCCAGACCAGCUCUGUGAGGAGAAGGAAAUUGGGUCCAACGUACAAGGGGGCUGGUCCCAGUCCUGAGUGGGGGGCAUCCUUUCCUGGCCUAUCUCCAUUCUCCUUGAAGCCUAUACUCAGGUUGCCUUGAAUGUGGACUUUGGGAGAGCCAGGGGCCCAGAGUGCCAGGGCAGGCUUCUGGGUGGCACUCAUGGAAUCGCCCAGCCCUCUGCCAGCUAUAGGCGCUGUCCCCCAGUGUCAGGGAGUAGCGGCUGGGCUGAGUCCUGCUGCCUCUGUAUUGUUCUAAUGCACUGUAGAAAUUGUAUGUAAUGUAUUUAAAUCAAUGCAAAUGUAUGAAUAACAAGUCCAAUUCCGACCUUUA